CCGGUAACUAAAACCAGGAAAAGGCGAAAAUUCUUUACAACCAGUACCAUCCUGCCAGUAUCCAAACCGGUCAGCCUGCCAUCUGAGAACCCGCCUUCCAUGGUUCAGCCUGGUGCCUCAGCGCCCGCAAUUCAGCCUGAUGUCUCUACCCAGCCUGAUGUCUCUACCCAGCCUGAUACCCAGCCUGAUGUCUCUAUCCAGCCUGAUGAACCUAUCAUGCCAGGUGACUCGGUGCCUGCUGUCGAGCCAGAUGGUCCUGGUGAGCCGAUGCCCGCUGUCGAGCCAGACGAUCCAAUGCCUGAUGACCCAGUGCCCGCUGUCAUGGCCUGGUGACCCGAUGCCCGCUGUCGAGCCAGACGAUCCAAUGCCUGAUGACCUGGUG